UUCGCAACGAGUCUCUCAACUCUCAACUCUCAAAACUCAGUUGAGUUGAAUAAACUCAACUCGUCAACUCUGAGUUGAGUUCUUGCUCCUCUUUCAUGCACGUGCAGCGUUUGGUUAACAACACCAACCAACUCAGCUGACAGUGUAAUAAUAUUUAAGAAUUCUGGUUACAAAUUUGGACGUGAAGCGCUUAAAUCUGAGAUUCAAUCUAUUUAUGUUCUUCCUUCUCUGUUUUGAACUCCAAAGAGCUAGAUAGAGUGGCUUUUCGUGUACCCUUUUCUCUUUUGGUCUUGAAAUUUAUACUGCUCUCAAAGGGGGGGGAGCAGAGCUUUUGUGUGCUGGUUAUCUUCAAUUCAAAAUUCGAGCUUUUCUUUAAGGAUUUGAUGGCUGGGGUUGGAUCGCAAUGGUGGGAUUCGAGGUUAAUUCAAAUGGUUGUGAUUAGCCUUGUCCUUGUGGCUUCGGUGUUUGUUUUGGCAAAAGAAAGCUUGGGGCAAGAAGAUUCAAAUUACAAUUUGAAAAGAUUGAUUAAUUCCUUAUGGCAACCGGGUCGAUUGGGUUAUGUACAUGUUUGGCCGGAUAUGGAAUUUGGGUGGAGAAUUGUUGUUGGCACCGUAAUAGGAUUCUUCGGAGCAGCUUUUGGAAGUGUGGGAGGAGUUGGUGGGGGUGGCAUUUUUGUUCCUAUGCUCACCCUCAUCAUUGGGUUUGAUCAGAAAUCAUCAACAGCUAUAUCAAAAUGUAUGAUAAUGGGUGGAGCUGCUGCAACUGUUUUCUACAAUUUAAGGCAAAGGCAUCCCACACUAGACCUACCAAUCAUUGAUUAUGAUCUUGCACUUCUUUUUCAACCAAUGUUGAUGCUGGGAAUCAGUAUUGGAGUCGCUUUCAAUGUGAUUUUUGCUGACUGGAUGAUCACAAUCUUGUUGAUUAUCAUCUUCCUAGUAACUUCAACCAAGGCAUUCCUCAAGGGUGUUGAAACAUGGAAAAAGGAAACCAUAAUUAAAGAGGAAGCUGCUAGAUCCUUGCAAUCAACAGGUAAUGAUAUUGAAGAGAUCAGCUACAAACCUCUACCAGGAGCCCCAACCAAUAGCCCUGAUUCGGAGGCCAAGGAAUCUGAAAAGCCAAAGGUCUCUAUUAUUGAGAAUCUUUACUUGAAGGAAACUGGAGUUCUUUUUGCUGUCUGGGUCAUUAUCCUUGCACUGGAGAUUGCUAAGAAUUACACAACCACUUGUUCAAUCGCCUAUUGGGUACUAAAUCUAUUGCAGAUCCCAGUGACUGUUGGAGUAAGUUUAUUUCAAGCUAUUAAUCUGUACAAAGGAAGGAGAGCCAUUGCAUCAAAGGGAGAAGAAGGCACGAAUUGGCGAGUGCACCAGCUGAUCCUCUAUUGUGCAUGUGGAAUAUUAGCUGGAAUAGUGGGUGGCUUGCUUGGUCUUGGCGGAGGCUUCAUUUUGGGUCCACUUUUCCUAGAGCUGGGAGUCCCCCCUCAGGUGUCAAGUGCCACAGCCACCUUUGCCAUGACAUUUUCCUCAUCCAUGUCUGUUGUAGAAUAUUACCUUCUCAAACGUUUCCCAGUUCCUUAUGCUGUCUACUUUGUUGCCAUCGCAUCAGUUUCUGCCCUUGUAGGGCAACAUGUGGUAAGAAAGGUGAUCGCUAUACUUGGGAGAGCAUCUUUGAUCAUCUUCAUUCUGGCUACUACCAUUUUUGUCAGUGCAAUAUCACUAGGUGGGGUGGGCAUAGAAAAGAUGAUUGUAGAUAUUCAGGAGAAGGCGUAUAUGGGAUUUGAAAACCUCUGUACAUAUGACUCAUAAUCUUGAAUGUUUUUCCCUCUUGUUAAAAUAAGGCAUGCUAAACCAUUGAAAAAGUUUACAUGCAAAGAUUUUUUUUGGGUAACUAAGAAAUUUAUUUUAGCAUUGGUGUUUUUCGGUGAUCAAAUCCUGGGUUUUACCUGUCUAAACACCCGAGAGCACUGUUAGCUGGCACCGUUAGCUAGACAUCUUGAAGCUAUAUAUGGGUUAUAUGGGACUUCCAGAAUUCUACCGGGUAGCUUCGUCAGCUGGAGCAUGGAGACUUGAGAGUGUUAGAGGGUACUCGUAUUUUGAGCUCAAUAUCAUGGAGAGUUUUAGGGGGUUGUGCCCCAAGGUUCAAUUAAUUUGUAAGACAUUUUAGUUUUAAUUAAAUAAAUUCGUUUAUUUACUUAUUUA